UAAGGUAACUGUCCUGACUAGUAUUUAGAUAAACAUCAACAGAUCAUGGCGACCGACUCAUGACAUACAGUGCAUGUUUAGUAACGUAACAUAAAUGUUGUGCUUUUAUAUAGGAAUUAAUGCAUGUGUAUCAUUUUCAAUAGCACUUGGCAUUACUGUCGCCUUGGACACUGGACUGACAACUGUCUAUGGAACGACUUGCGUACGAUUCAACUGCACUGAUCUGGUUCCCAACUUUAAAAAUAGGUCAAGGAAGAUUUUAUAACGGGGAAUUAUAUAGUUACAGCAAAGUGUGAAGUUUGAAUCACGACGAGAAGCAACAAAACUUUGGAGUACUAAGUACAAGCCAUACUAUUAUCAUUGAGGCUCGGCGCGGUCAAAUAGAAGUAAAAAACACCAAAAUAGCUCAAAAAUCGUGGGUUAAAACAAAACCUAGAUAUGUCAAAGUAUCGAUCUAAAUUCGUUGUUACGAAGAGCACAGAAACUGAUGUUGAAAUCUCGGCCGAAGUAUAUCAACGCGAGAACAGGAUAUCAAUGGUUAUCAACAGUGCGAAAAAUCAAGUACUAAAGCUCAGACAAUCAGUUAGUGACUUAAAAGAUCAAAAUGUCAACGUCGUCAAGCAAGUAAGGGAUUUUCGAAGAAAAUUAGAUGAACAAUUGAAUUAUUUACAAGAACAGCUUUUAAAUGAAAUAAGAUAUGAAUACAACGUAUGCACGAAUGAAAUGAUAGAGCAUGAAAAAGAUUUACAAACUCAAACAGAUCGAAUUCAGAGACUAGCUAAAGACCAGUCCAAAUUGAAACCCGAAACUGCAUCAGAACUGAUAACUGCAACAGAAACACUUGAAAAGACAAUUUCUUCACAAAAUGAAAAAGUAACAAUCAUGCAGAAAAAUAGUGUACGAGUUGAAUAUAACCCAACCCUGAAAUCAAUAUUAGAAAACGCACAAGACUUCGGUAGGUUUAUGGUUACCAAAGAUUCAAUAUUGAAUAACAACAUUGUACGAAAUCAUUCGUUCAAGACGAAAGCUGAUUUCGACGCUAUUAAGCUGGUAUUUGAAAAGAAAAUAGAAAUUCCUAUUCCAAAUAAAGGAUACAGUUAUAUAAUGGAUUGUGUACUUCUAAAAAACAAAGAUAUGGUGUUUGCAGACAGGAUAAAUAAACGUUUGGUUAUACAUAAAGGUACAGGUGCAUUUAGUCAUGAAAUAAGACUCCCAAAACCGCCACAUUACAUCACAGCAGUUGACAAUGAAAAGUUGGCAAUUUCAUAUGGGAAACCGUUUAGCAAUAUUGACGUUAUAAAUACAGUUACCUGUGAGACAGAGUCUACUAUAACAGGAUGUGUUACGGAUUGGAGUAUGGGGAUAUCCUACAGUAACGGGAAAUUAUAUGUAGUUGACGAUGGUUCUGCUAUUCAAGAAAUAACGCUUGAUGGAAAAGUGACAAACAGCAUUCCACUUAACGGUAAUGUUACAUCAAAUCGCAAAGAAGACGUCGCGAAAAAAGGCAACACACCAUGCGUUCAUCAUUUAACCGCCCACCAAAAUAAGAUAUACUACGCGUCCACGUUAAAUGACACCCUGUAUUGUUAUGACAAUACCGGAAAAGAGCUGUGGUCAUUCAGUGAUAGCGAGAUUAUAGGUGAAUGCACCUCGCCUCCGCUAGCAGUAGAUGGUAAUGGUAAUGUGAUUUUAGUGAAUCACGAGAGUGAUUAUAAGAUAAUGAUAAUAUCUGCCGAUGGCAAGAAAAUCAAAUAUUUGCCGCUGGGAAAAGAUGAUUUUAUGCCAAAUGGGAUAUCGUUUGAUGAAAACAAACAAAUGCUUUUGAUUUGUGACCAUCGUUCACAUGCCAUACUUUUCAAUGUAAGACAAAAUACUUUUGAGAAAAAAGUAUCAUAAUACUCUAUAUGAAUUUCGAAUCACUUAGAAUGGAAUACUUCAACAAGUGAGAGAAAUUUUGGUCAACCAAAAACUAAAAAUCUUCAACUGCAAACGUACAGCUUCUAAAAAGGGAUAAUGUAACAUCGUAGGUAAAGGAAGGAAAGACAAACAUCAUCGGAAAUAGAAGGAAAUAAAAACAUCAUCGGAAAUAGAAAAAUUUAAUAGACGAAAAAUUCUAAAAGAAAUAAUGGUUUAGCAACACGAAUCGUGCAAUAUGUUUUUAAGAAUGAUGCAUUAUAAUAAACAAAAAAAAUAGCAAUGGACAGUUCACAACAUACCAUACCAAUCGGCCUAAAAGUCAUUUUUGUUAGUAUGAUCGAUACACUAUAGGGCUUGUUUCAACGUUUAUAAAGCAAUGCAAAUUAAACUUAUACCUGUUGACAAUGACAUGCUCGGAUAUAUACUGUGUUUUGCGCCCUGUGAUGAAUAUUUUUUAUGCAAUCAGAUGUGGUGUUUUCCUCCCAAGUGGUGGAGAUAAUUAGUUUAUAUUUUUUUUCAAAAUCAUGUUAAUGUAGCGUCAUUGGUAUAGAGAUUUAGGACAAAUGUAGGUCAUCAUAAAAGAAUAAACAUUACGAUAACUACUAAGAUCAGGUAAAUAAACAAAGAUAAAGAGUUCGACAAAAUUCUGCGGCUUUAUUAUAGGUCAAUUACAUUGUCGGUUAACUUAUUCAUAUUUUAAAGGUCAAUAGCAUUGCUGGGUCUUUCAUAUUUUACAGAACAAUAACAUUGGCGGGUCUUCAUAUUUUACAGGAUACUGCAAUCCAUAUAUAAUUUUUUUUUAAUUUAAAUUAUAUAAUUAUAAUAUUUUUCAUAUAAGGCAUUUGAAAAUUUGAAGGUUACAAAAUACAAAAUAGCAAACUGUGUCGUUUGAUUAUGGCUGUUAGUAAGAGUUGUUUUUGAGUAUCUUUUGGCAUAAUAAACAAAAUCAGCGAGAAAACUGUCAUAUUUUUCAUAAUUAACUUUUCGAAUAUUACUGAUGUGAUGAAAAUAAAGUAAUAUCAAACAGGA